UUUAUAAAUAAUAAGUUUUCGAUCGUUGCGCUAUGCAGAUUCUAGUGAUAAUAUUAUUUUUUGAUAUACAGAGCCUGUGAAAAUAUUUAUUACAUUCAUAGCAAUGAUAAGCAAAUGUAGAUUUAAAUAAAAAAACUGAAAAGGCAAACAAAAUAAUAAAAAUUUCGACAUGUUUGACAUAAAACUGUGUACUGUAUGCUUGCAAAUGGAUGUAAAAUGCUAUAAUUUGAAUGGGCAAUUGAGGAAGGACUACAAUUUGGUAUCAGGUUUAGAGAGCCGUUGCGGUAAUGGUUUGCCAGAGUACUUGUGCUAUCAAUGUGUUGCGUAUGUGAUGAGCUGUAAACGGUUUCGUGACAAAUGUCAAAGGGCAUAUUUCACUCUAAAAGAAAUAUUGCACAGGAAUAAAGAGAUAACAAAGCCUAUACUCGAGGAAAUAGAUUAUGAAAGAUUAAAAUUAGGUCCAAACUUAACCUUCCUUGACAAGGACAGCGUUAAAACAAAAUUCGACAGUGUAAAGUUCAAAUGGAUAAAGACAGUACGCAUGAGUAUUGAACCACAGGAAAACAUACCUGUGAUCCAAUAUGGACCUUCAACGGAUAAAUGUGCAUUUGAAAAGUCAACACAAAGUGAAUUUCAUGACAACAUCAAAGAUGAGAUUGAUUGUUCCGAGAUAAAUAACUCAGGAUUAGAAGAGAAUACUGCAUUUGAUAAUGCUGCUAACACUGAUAAUGUGUUUGAAGAGAAUUUUGAAGUGGGUUCCGGAGAUAAUGGUUAUGAUGUGGACAAUGACGCAAGUGACUCCAAAGUUGACAUUGAUGUUGACGGCUCUACACUGAAUGAGGAAUAUGCAACGAUGGUACCCAUAAGCAUGAAAGAAGCGGCUGCUGUCUCUGAAAUUCGUAAACUAGGUACGCAGGGCAAAUAUCAGUGCCAAGAUUGCGAGAGAGGCUAUCAUAAUCAAGAACGCCUUAGAGUACAUUUGAGGAUGCAUGAAACGCACAUAAGUGGGACAUAUCUAUGUGAGCUGUGCAACUAUUAUUACAAGACUGAGUUCCUAUUGAAAACGCAUAUAACUGAUAAGCAUAUGUACAAGUAUUUAUGCAGGGAGUGCCCGGAAGUCACGUUUGACAGAGCUUCUGCCAAACACCAUUACAUGUGGGUGCAUGUACAAAAGGCCGCUAAGAGACCCGCCAACUGUUUCCAACCCAGACCGAAGUGGCUCCGUACAAAAAAAAGCAAAAAAGACCAAUGUCACCGGAGUCCGGUGAAAAAGUCAACCAAACUGCCCAAGGACUUCCUCAUUUACACGCCUAUAAGUCAAGAGGAGCAGUAUGCGUUGGUGAAAGAGAGGCAGAACACUAAAAACUAUACGGAGUCAGCUUACAGGUGUGACUAUUGCUUCAAAGGGUUUAGAGAGGUUGUGACGUUCUCCAAGCAUCUGCAGAAACACGAUCCAGACGUGUCGGGUAACCUGCAGUGCGACAUGUGCAAGAUAUACUGCACCAACGCGCGCAAGAUGUACAAACAUAUGAACAUGACGCACCUCUUCAAAUACACCUGUCAGAUGUGCUCAUACGUCUGCUUCAAUAGGGGUCAAGCGAAAAUGCAUUACAGAUGGCACAAAAACGUCACGUACACGUGUCCACAUUGCGAUAAAAUAUUUUACAAAGCCUCGACCAAACUGACCCAUAUACGUAUAAAGCACCCGUCGAUGUUCAUCUGCAAUCUGUGCGGUCACAGCUUCGUGAGUGAGACCGGCCUUUACUGCCACAAGAAACUGGCGCACAGCAAACAGGAGGUGGAAGACGGCGCGGGGGCUGUGGACAGUUCGGACCCGCUGUACUGCGCGGACUGCGACAUCCAGUUCCGUGACGACGCUGCCUUUGCGACGCACUUCGGCUCUUCGAACAAACACGCCGACACCAAUCUGUCAAUAAAGCCAGUGCGGGCGAAGAGCGAGCGACCCCGCGGCCGACCGCGUCGCGACAACAGUGACAUCGUCAACACCGGAGUACCCACCGCGUCCAAAUGCGAAAUUUGCCAGAAGUUCUUAGCGACAGACGUGCAAGCGAGACGGCAUUACGAGGCUGAACACCCGGGCGCCGAGUACCUCAAGCGAUACAUGUGCGAUAUAUGCGGACACACCACCAAGCAAUAUGCGAACCUGACGGUACAUAUGCGCACGCAUACACAGGAGAAGCCGUACGCAUGCCCACAUUGCGAGAGAAGAUUCAGCAUGCCCAGCAAUAGAGACAGGCAUCUUGUGGUGCAUACGGGUGAAAAACGCUACCAAUGUCAACACUGCAACCGUCGUUUCACCCAGAGCAGCGCGGUCAAGCUACACAUACAGACCGUCCACAUGAAGAUACCCUACGCGCCCUGGGACAAGAAGAAUCGCAAGCGACGCCGGGAUAUGGAGGUAGCACCCCUACCUCCCCCUCCACCUAUAAAUCAGAAGAUAGUGAUCGACACUGGGAACUAUUUGAGUGCUUACAUAACUUACAAUGAGUGAAGUGCGAUCUGUUUGAGUGAGAGUGACAUAAUCGAGUUAAUAGUACAUAAAGAUGUAAAAUCUUUAAAUUGAGUAAAUAUUUGUGCAAGUAAGAGCAAUAAAAUAAUAGAAAUUUAAUUGUUACGAAUAUUAAAAAAAAUGGCAAGUAACGCCAGGAUAUGGAAGUAAAACCUGUACCUCCUCUGCCAUGACUUGUUCAGUAAAUAGUGAUCAACUCUGGGAACUAUUUAAGUGCUAACAUCACUCACAAUGAGUGAAGUUAUCUAUUUGAGUGUCAUAAUCUAUUAAUUGUGUUCAUAGUGUUUGAACAAAACAAAGCGUGCCACAAUACUUAAAUGACGACCACAAACGUUCUGACAAGAGUGUACCGACUGAGAAGAAGAAAUGUUUGUGCAUAUAAAAGUCGAAACAUCUUAACCCAUAAUGCUAUUGUUUUAAAAUUC